CGUCCACCAAGUUCCCCCGCUCGCUGAUUCCCUUUUCUAAUAGUAUGACUAUAAUCUCAAACGAUCCCAGUUGGUGGCCAACCAUCUACUCGACUAUUUUUUACAGCUAUUUUGUAGUUAUUGCCUGUGCUGUGGUAAUAUACGAUUGGGGACUUAUGUUCGGACAAGAGGUGGAACUAAUCUGGAGGCAACGCUGGUCUAUAAUGACAGUUUUGUAUCUUGUUGCACGAUAUGUUGCAAUAGCAUUCUCUAUAAUUAACAUGUUGAUCAGUCUUCCAACGGUUGCGAAGACAGGUGAAGUGAGCCGUAUGAUGAUUGACGUAAUUGAUUGGAUGAAUGAGGCUGUAGAAGUAAUACUGAGCGUCAUCGCGAUUGCUCGGUUGUAUGCUAUGUAUCAGGGAUCCAGAAAGGUGCUGAUAUUUCUCGUUGUCACCUUCCUGGCCAUCAGAAUUCCCAUCGAAGUGAUGGGCGCAAUGGUGACGAAGCAGGUCACAGGGGAGGAAUACAUUCUUUCCGGCAUAUAUAGGUGCAGAAUUGGCUACCCAGGAAAUUCUAUAUUUCUGGGUUCCAUGACUUGGAUACUUGCUACUGUAUGGGAGGUUCUUACUCUGUGUCUUGCGAUCUGGAUUGCUGUGAAGCACCUCCGUGAAAUCCGAACACGCUCAACAGGAGGUAUUAUCGGAGACUGUUUCACGGUGUUAAUGCAAACUCACAUGAGUUACUUUGCAAGUUUUUUGGCUGUCUCUUCCGUCCAGAUCAGUUUGCUCUUUCCACAAUUCUUAUCGCACGUAAGUUCCCAGGACAUCCAGAUUUAUAUUUGUCUCGUUCAAAUCUUCCACACGGUGCAGCUAUCUGUGCUGGGACCACGCCUCAUCCUUAGCGUUCGAGAAUACCACGCUAAGCUCGUGGCCUGCUCUGAUACAGCAACCGAUAUGCCUUAAAUUGCUUUUGAGGAACGCGUCUAUGUGGAAACUAGUAAUAGUGUGUAGUACGGGAGAAGCUUGAUGUGAUUGACAAUCAGCAGGCCGUCUGUAGGGAGUGGUUUUUGUUUUUAUAUAUUCCAAGUUUUGUCGUGGUGCUUGCUUGAGUUGUUUG